AUGUCCCGCAAUCGUCCGCGGCCCAGAGACAAUGGACUCGGCAACAAUGAGGAAAUGGAGCUGUGGACUCGGAUCUGUCAAGACAUCCGCAAGUCCAAAGACAAGUUCGACCAACAGGCCUCGCUCUCCGUCCAGAUCAAAGCCUUGGCGGAAAAAAUCACCCGAGAGGGCAACAAACCCACUAUGACGGACCAUGACCAACUUGACACAUGGCUGCGUCAGAGUCAAAAGCUCAGUCAAGAAGAACGAUCGAUCAUGCUUGACGAGCCAUGCGACGUGAUCAAGAACUUGGAGCUCCUCACCGCGCUCCGCAAAGCUUCCGAGGCCGAAGCUCCUGCUAAUCGAUCAAUCGCACUUUCAAAAUCCCGCAAAAAGCGAACAGAUAUUGAGAGCUCGACUACUGACUCUACUAGUAUCUCGGGCGCCGACAAACGUUCUAAAGGCACUAUCCCUCGCAGCAUGAGCGUGUCAAGCAAUAAUCCGCGCGAGGGACGCAAUGAAAAUGUCACUGUCAAGAUUGAGGAAGGAAGCGAGGGAGCCAAAGGGGCAGUGGCAGAACGCAGUGGCCAUCUCAUAGUUGGGGCACAGGUUGUAUUCAAACAUAACAAGAACAAACAAGGCGUCGAAGGCGAAGGCAUUCAAUGCAUAAUCAAACACAUUACUGGAGAUGGACACAAAAAACGCUGGUACGACGUGCAAGAUCCAGAACCUAAUGAGAAUGGCGAGGAGGGUGCUGUUUACAAAACGACCGCGUCAUCCCUCAUCCCUAUACCGAUUGUGAACACUUCUUUACCAUCGUUUCCUGUUGGCAAACAGGUUCUCGCGAGAUACCCGGAUACCACUACAUUUUAUCGUGCCGAGGUGAUGGGGUCUAAGAAAGAUGUCUAUCGCCUGAAAUUCGAAGGCGAGGAAGAUGACAAGGAGAUGGAAGUUGAUCGGCGAUUUGUGCUGGAUAUUCCUAACAAAUAA